AUGGUAGAAGAAGGAGAGAAGGAGUUGUGGGAAAAGCCCGCCUGGGCCAAGGGAGGCCACACACUUAAAAAGACUGGCUUUGGGGACGCCAUGAAGACCGACGGCAAUUUAGCCGCUCCCAUUACCUUUACUCCCUACAAGAAUGAAGAUCAUUCCAAUUUCGUGGCAAAUCCAAGCAUUUUGCGCAAAACUUUGGUGGGCGAUGCCGUCAAGACUGGAGAAAACUUGGCUGCUCCCAUUACCUUUACUCCCUUUAAGAACCAAGACCAUUCGAAUGCUGUGGCCAAUCAAGCCCGUCUCCAAGCCAGUGAAGUUGGACAAAUGGCGAGAGAAGGAAUGGACCUGGCGGCACCCAUUACGUUUACCCCUUUUAAGAACGAAGACCACUCGAAUCAAGUAGCCAAUCCAAAAAUUCUGAGGGCAAGUGUGGUAGGAGAAGCCGCUCGAUCAGGACAGGAUUUGGCCAUGCCCAUUUCCUAUCGAGACGAGUAA